AUGCCUGGCUGGAGAUGGAUUUUUACGAUCGAUGCUGCUAUAUCUAUACCCAUCGCUAUUUCUGCCUUCUUCCUCAUACCAGAUUUACCUUGGAAUAUCAAACCGAAUUGGAUAUUCAAACAACAUGACAUCGAUUUGGCGAGGAAUCGUUUGAGCGCUGCUGGAACACAUGGUCCGAGGAAGGGUGGACUGGGUAAGAAAGCCCUAUGGAAUGUAAUUAGCACUUGGCAUAUCUGGUUGUUUACGGGAGUGUAUAGCUGUUACAUCUUCUCGCAAAAUCCUCAGCAGUCAAUGUCAUUCUGGCUCAAAUAUUCAAUCAAUCCGAAAUAUUCAGUUGAACAGAUCAAUUAUUAUCCAUCCGGGAUUUGGUCGACUCAAAUCGUCUCGGCUUUAGGAUUCGCUUGGAUAAGUGAUACCUUCCUCAAAGGUAGACGAUGGCCACCGUUACUCUUAGUCGCUCUAUGGCACUGUAUCGACUGUGCACUACUUGCUGGCCUACCAGUGUAUAGUGACCACCGAGCCGGGAGAUGGGUAUUGUACUAUCUGUCUGGUGUUGUCAACUGUACACCAGGAUUGCUGUAUGCCUGGUGCAGCGAGAUUGUCGGUGACUCGUCAGAGAAGAGGGGUAUAGUGAUGGGAACCUUCAAUUCCGUUGCAUUUGCAUUCAAUGCUUGGUUACCAUUACUAUUAUUCAAGCAGACCGAACAACCUGCGGUACACAAAGGGAAUAUUGCAGCUUCUGUAGCUACAGCUUUCCAAUUUAUCGGUCUUCUGGGUAUACUGUACCUUUCUACCAGAGAUCAGAAAAGGCGUAUCGGGGCUGAGGUGAACGAGGGUGAAUUGAUAAGAUCUAACGAGGUGAUUGAGGAUGUUGAUAGCAAGAAGCGAUCGGUCUGA